AAAAGCAGCUUAAGGGUGAAGGAACCAGGAAAUUAGAUCGGAACCCACCGUUGACGCUUUUCUCUCUCCUCGCCAUUUCACUCUGGCUUUGAUAGUCUCUCUCUCUCUCUCUCUCUCACACACACACACACACACACACAGGUUAAUGCGAAUCUAUAUGUUUGGAUCAUGGAUUUGGGUCGUGAUUUGAAAAGAGAAGGCGAAAAGUUUUGCAGAGUUAAAAUCAUGAUGAAAACUGGCUUUGCGCAAUACCUUAGUGGAGAAGUUUGGGAUCACAAAGGGAAAACAGAGCUUGUACAGAUUUUUAUUUCACGUGGUGAUUAUGGUAUUAAUUUCUUGCAAUUCCAGUAUGUUGAAAACGGAAAUUUGGUUUUGUCUGAGCCCUCUCUCUCCAUGAACAUUGGAAACAGAUUUGAAACUGUUAAGCUCAAUUAUCCAGAUGAGUUUUUGACAUCAAUAUCUGGUAGUUAUAGCAUUACUUAUGGCUACAAAGUUACUUCUAUCACAUUUGAUACAAACCAAGGCCAUUACGGACCAUUUGGACAGCAACACCAGUGUGAUAGGGAGUUCAUCUUUCAAAUGGGGCAGGACAGACAGUUUGGUGGAUUUCACGGCAGUACUAAGUGUGGAGAACUUGAAUCUAUUGGGGUAUAUGUCAAGCCAAUCACUACUCUAAACAACCCUGGUGGAAAAGUUAAAGAAGAGAGAUUGAUGAGUUAGCGGAACUCAUGGACAGUGUUCAUCCCAUUACCCCUGCAUCAGAGUCUAGAAUUCUUGGUUAUUUGAAUGGGAUGAUGGACUUAUCACUACUCUUCUCUUGUUGGUGGUUGUGAGUGUGGCAUGCAGUUCAGUUCGUCUGCAUUUUUAUUCUAGUUUCUUUGUGUGUUUUUUGGUUUUUUUGUUUCUUGCACUCGAACUUUCUGUUGUUUUCCUUGUUGAUAGGGAAGGCCUUUUGGUUUGCUGGGAAAGAUUGGAAUUUUAAUUUUAGUUCUUAAUCAAGUUGGUAUGAUUAUUGAAAUAUGCUGCAGUUCAGUUUGUCUGCAGUUCUAUUCUAGCUUAUUUGUGUUUGCAUACAUGUAUUUAUUCUUUCUCCAUGUCUUGUGUGCGAACUAUCUGUUGUUUUCCUUGUUGAAAGUAAAGCCUUCUAUUUCGUCAAAAAAUAUUGGAAUAUUCAUUUUA